UACAACUUUCACUCACGCAACACAACAAUAAAAACACAGAAGACCGUAGAGUUCGUGUCUUUCAAAAUGGUGUUUUAUUUACAUCAGCAUGAGUUUUAAAUUUCACGAGGCAUCAUUAGAAAAAAUAUGUAGAAUUUGCACAAAUAGAUUACAUCCAGGAUCUACAGUUUCAACUAGGAAGCCAGUAUUUUGUGCGAAUGUAAACAAGGAAAUUUUCAAUGUGUUUGGAGUAAGUACUUGGGAGGACACACCUGAUCAGCAUCCACAAAAACUAUGCGAGAAAUGCGCCAGGAAAAUUAGGCACUACACUUCUGGAGAAAGGACCUACAGUGUGAGUAACAUAAAAAGACGACAAACUGUGCAAAGCGAAUGGCCAAAACAUUCCCGGACAGGCAAGUGCUUUGUUUGUAAAUUAGUACCUCAACAAGGCAGAGGCGGAGGCUCCUAUAAACCUAAAUGUGACUCCAGCAGACAAGUGAAGAGUACAGACUCGGCGCUUUGCUUUCAAGGAAAGGACAACAUCUUUAGUGAGUUGCCUUCACAAACAUUGUCAUGUAUAGUGCCUCCAAGCAUUGACAUUCUUUGCCAUCGAGGAGAAGAAUUUUUGUUUAUCUGUGUAAUAUGCCAAUGCAUAAUCAGCCGACCAGCGGUGCAGACACCAUGUGAACAUGUGUUUUGUUCAACCUGCCUCAGUAAAUGCUUCCAGUUUGCAUCGUGUCAUAAAAUUAACUGUCCUACAUGUAAACAGACUUUGGACUUCCAGGAGGUUACAAAAAUUCCCCGUAUCUUAAAUGUACAGCUUGACAACCUGACAGUGAUUUGCCAUAACUGCACACAAAUUGGCAGACUGUCCCAACUUGUAGAUCAUGACUGUUCACCGAACAGUACCCCAGACCACAAAGUAACCAUAGUGGAAGCACCCAAGUCUUCCCUACUUCCCCAAGAUGAUAAAGCUGCUCAGAUUACAAAUGCAGCAAGGAUCCUUAAAGAGCUGGCUUCUAAUCACAAAGUUGGCACACAAAUACCAUCUGAAGUCGAAGAAGCUACCGAUAAAUGGAUGUGCCACAAACUAAAACAAGAUAAAUCUCUGGUCACAAUCAAAACAGGUGGACGGGUAAGUUCAAAGAUAAUAUUAAUAGACUUAAAUUUUCUUUCUUCAUAAAAUACUUUAUACAUUAACCACAAAAUAAAGGUACCUUUAGUUCUAUAUUUUUCGGUUUUUUUUCCAUCAUUACAAAUUUCACAAAGAAUCUUUAUCAUCUGGCGCACUAAACUCACUUUGAAUUUU